UAGUUUUUUCAUAUACAAGUUACGUGCCCAAUAAAGAUCUCUAAUAAGUAGCCCUCUCAUCAUCUUCCCCAUUUAACAAAUAAGAACCAUAGGUUUGGAAAAUAAUUCUUCACAAUUAAAAACUUGCGAAAAUCUUCCUAACUAGGUUCAAUUGCAAAAUCAAGCUUUCAAAAACAAUUGUUUUUGUGGUGUUUGAAAAUCAAGCCUUCAAAAUUAGCUUCAACACAAGAACAGUAGCUUUUGAAAAUACCACAUUGUGCAAAAUCCAGUAGCUUUUUCAAAUAAAAAUGGCGUUUAUGGCUUGAUUUUGAAGAUGGAGAAUAAUGGGUUUAUUUUACUGUUCGAAACCCUAAGUUAAAAGCUGUAUGUUUGUGUUUGAUUUGGGGAAAAUGGUUUUGGGAAGUUUCUAACAUUUGCAUUUAUUAUUAUUUUUUCUGUUAUUUGAAAAACUAACGGAGAUAACAACGUUUCUGUUAGUAGGUAUCUUUGAACAAACAAAUUAAAUUUUUUAGGUAUUUUUUUUAAAAAAAUUUGUUCUAGGUAGUUUUUCACAAAAUUAAAUUUUUUAGGUAUUUUUCAACAAUUUUUCCAAAAAAUUAAUGUGUUUUCGAUUGUUGAUUAUCAUCAAGCCGAUCUCAUCACGACCUUCUUACUUAAUUUUUUUUAUUAAUAAUAUAAUCUGCCAUCAUUUAACUCUUUUUGAAAACAGAUCAUAAUUUUUAUGAGCCUAUCUACCUAAACUAUGUGUUAAAUUUGCGGAUCACCAAAAAAAAUUAUUUUCCAGUUGAAAAAAAAGUGAAUUUCAAAAAAAUUGAAGCUAAAGUGUUAAGACGCUUACUUAGCAAGUGUGGAGUGAACUAAACGACGUUGCUCACUGGCCGCCGGACCAUUUCCGACACUUUGGACUUUUUCCGGCGCUUUCAUUCUCAGGAAAGAGAGGCCUACAAGUCAUGCGAAGACCAACAGUCAUGUGUUUCAGGUUAUACUUAUGGGUUUUGAUAUCUGUAUGUGGCAUUUUCAUUGGCACAUGUCUUGCAGAAAGCGUAACUCCUGAUGAAGCUAAGCAGCUCAGAGAUGAGGUUAAGGGGAUGUUUUUCCAUGCAUUUAAUGGAUAUAUGGAUUAUGCUUUUCCACGAGAUGAGCUGAAGCCGUUGUCAUGUGAUGGGGAAGAUACUCUUGGUGGUUACGCUUUAACUUUGAUUGACUCCCUUGACACAUUGGCUUUGCUUGGCGAUAAAGAGCGUUUUGCUUCUUCUGUCGAAUGGAUUGGGAAAAACCUACGAUUUGACAUUAACAAAACUGUGUCCGUUUUUGAAACUACAAUUCGAGUGCUUGGAGGUUUGGUAUCUGCGCACCUUAUUGCAAGUGAUUAUGCUACGGGCAUGAGGAUUCCAUCAUAUGAAAACCAAUUGCUUCUUUUAGCAGAGGAUCUUGCCAAUAGAAUGCUGCCUGCGUUUGACACACCCACAGGCAUUCCAUUUGGAUCCGUGAAUUUAUUGGAUGGAGUAGAUGAAAAUGAAAGUAAGAUAACGUCAACUGCAGGUGGUGGGACUUUGACCUUGGAAUUUGGUAUUUUAAGCCGCCUAACAAAUAAUCCUGUAUAUGAGCAAGUGACAAAGAAUGCUGUUCGUGGAUUGUGGGCCUGUCGUUCUAAGCUUAAUCUUGUUGGUGCUCAUAUUAAUGUCUUUACUGGUGAAUGGACACAAAAGGAUGCUGGAAUUGGAACAAGUAUCGAUUCAUUCUAUGAAUAUCUUUUGAAGGCAUUUUUACUGUUUGGAGAUGAGGAAUAUCUUUUUAUAUUUCAAGAAGCUUAUGGGGCUGCAAUGCAGUAUCUCUUCGCUGAUCCCUGGUAUGUCGAAGUAAAUAUGGACUCUGCUGCUAUUGUAUGGCCAUUAUUCAAUAGUUUGCAAGCAUUCUGGCCUGGCUUACAGGUAUUAGCUGGAGAUAUUAAUCCUGCUAUUCGCACACAUGCUGCCUUCUACAGUGUUUGGAAAAGAUACGGAUUCACCCCUGAGGGCUUUAAUCUUGCUACCCUUAGUGUUCAGCAAGGUCAGAAAAGUUAUCCAUUGCGUCCUGAGCUAGCUGAGAGUACAUAUUGGCUUUACAAAGCUACCAGAGAUACCAGGUAUCUCGACGUUGGACGUGACAUUGUUUCCAGUUUGCAAUACGGGGCACGUUGCCCUUGUGGAUAUUGUCAUAUUACAGAUGUUGAGGAUCACAAGCGUGAAGAUCACAUGGAAAGCUUUUUCCUAGCUGAAACUGUUAAAUAUUUGUGGCUGCUGUUUGAUUUAGCUGUGGGUCCUGAUAAUCUUGUUGAAAGUGGGCCAUACAAGUAUAUCUUUAGCACUGAAGGUCACCUAUUACCUGCAACCCCACAAAUAUCUCUAAUACGUGAACAUUGCUCAUAUUUUGGUGCCUAUUGUAAGAGUCAUAAUAGCAGCUUGAGACAGGAUCUACAUUCUCCAGAUAUGUACAGGAAAUACCAGGACUCAAAUGGUAGUGCAGUCCAUAGAGGUUGGGGGCCCAGUGUAUUGUCAUCUGUUCCACCUGAUAUGAAGGCCAGCACUAGUGCUGGUUUGGUUAAGGGUGUUUGUCCUGGACUAACUCAUGAACAAAAGAUUGGUGUAUCAUAUUACAAACCUCAGUAUGAGACUCAAGAAACUAGCUCUGUAAAUAAAAGGCCUGCUUCUCCUAAGACUAAUGUAGUGGUAAUUACUCCUGAUGCAAACCCUCCAGACCUGGUAAACGAUGGGUCUCUCGAAGAGUCUAACAAAACUGAGACGGGAAAUCUGUCUCCUAAGACCGAUGUAGUGGUGAUUGCUUCCGAUGCGAAUCCUACAUACCUGGUAAAUAACGAGUCUCUCGAAGAGUCGGAAAAACCCGAGAAGGGAAAUCCGACUUUUGAACAAUAACAGUUGGUUAGGAGGAUACCAAUGUGCCGAUGUGUGCUAGAUUAUUUGACUGUUCAAUCGUUGAGAUAUCGAGUAACUCGUUUGAGUAUGUUGGGAGUAAUUGGCUCAUCGAUAUGGCAUGGUGGAUUAUAGUACUUGUAAAACGACUCGCUCACCAGUAAACCGAGGAUAGAUUACAUCAUUCACAGUAUUGAUUACACAGAUCCAACAGAAGAAAUAAGGAAUGUAACUUUAUUUUGUAAUUCUCACAGAUAGUCAUUUGUGUUAUAGUGUCAAGAAAAUAAGUUUUUUGGUGGGUUUUUAUGUGUAAUUUAAACAUAUUUUGUGUUUCUUGUUUUAAAAUCUUCAAAUGUAUAUACCAGAUUUAAUAUUUUGAUGAGUUGAAUAGCAUUUAUAGCCAAAAAUUGCAUCUUUUUGACUGGA